AGAAUCAUAAUACAAUAAUUUUAAAAUAAUAAAUUUUAGUAUCGUAUACGUAUCGUACCGCAGCAGUGUGUGCUUAUUGUGCUGAUAAACGUUCCGGUACGAUAUUUUUCCGUCCGGUACUCCAUAUUGAGUACCGGAUUAGUGUGUGAACACCAGUGGCGGAGCGACCGUGGUUUUUUGGGACAAGUGUCCCAGACAAAAAAUUGGUGGGUGGGUGGGUGGUUGGAAAAUGUCAAAGCUGGCAGGUUUUAUUUUUUCAAUAGGAAAACACAGAUAAGAUGGUAGGUACUCGGUAUCGAAAGCGACGUGAGCAUUUAGCAUUUUGCUGGCUGCAUGAUGUAAUAAUAAUUCAUACACAUGUGUACAUGAAAAUGUAUACAUGUAAUCGCGUAUUAACGUUUAUUAGACGAAAUAUCUUAUCGGUGUCGUUAGUAGUCAGUGGUUUUCCCAGAUAUAUAUAUCAAUGGUGGCUUUGUAGUUUUGUAUCGAGUAUUGACGUCUAGCGUACAUAUCUGUCAUUAUUUAUUAAGUCAUCAGUGUAUAGUGUGUACACUGUACUGUAUAGUGUUUAUGCUCUCAUGACGUAUUAUAUGUAAACUGUGAUUUUUUGAUUUUUUCGGCGUUUUACUAAACCUGACACAAUUAAUUGUUUUAUUAAUAUCACAAUAUGCCUGAAACCAAAAAAACUAUGACGUGCGUUUGUCGUAAACAACGAGGGAAGUUGAAUAGUCCCAACUGGAAAAAACACAUUGACAAUUGUAAGGCCAGAAAAUCUAAGUCUUAUUCACAAUCCAUAACUUCUUUUUUCCCUGCUCCUAAAAAAGCUCGAGUUGACACCGAUGAUCGAAAUAAAGUUGUAAAUGAAGAUAUUUUACCAUCCAAUUCAACUAUAAGCAAUGCUACUGAUAUGUUUGGUGACAGUGCCUCUGUUAUAUUAAAAGAUACUUUAUUUAUGGACACCAAUGAUCAAAAUAAUGCUACUGAUAUUAUUGGUGACAGUGCCCCUGUUAUAUUAAAAGAUACUGUAUUUAUGGACACCAAUGAUCAAAAUAAUGUUGUAAAUGAAGUUUUUAUACCACCUACUUCAUCUUUAUGUUUUGAUUUAUUUCCUAAUGACCCAGGAAAUUUUCCAGAAGUUGUGUCAAAUGAAAUGUUAAACCAUUUAAUGCAAUAUGGACCAUGUCAACCAUCUCCUUGGGAACUUCCUGGAAAAUGUUUUCCAUCUUCAAAAGAUUUCUCAGGAGUUUCUAGAAAAUUUCACCAUUCAUAUUAUAAUAACGUAUUACCAAACGGUUCAUUUAUUAAACGUGCUUGGCUCUCUUAUUCCCCAUCAACUAACAGAGUGUACUGUAUAUCUUGCAAGCUAUUUGGGCUUCCUAAAACCAAAAAAUUACUAAUAGCUCAAAAAGGGUUAAGUAAUUGGAAACAUUUAAAAAAAGACCUGGAAACUCACGCAUAUACUAGUGAACAUCUACAAUCUGAAAUAAGUCGUGGAUUAUAUUCCAAAACCAUCAGAAUACAUUCAAAACUACUUCAUACCAAACAUCAACAAAUAUCAGAAAACAGAGAAAUAGUUAGAGUUAUUAUAAAAGUUUUAAUAUUUUUGGCUAGGCAAAAUAUUGCUUUCAGGGGUCAUGAUGAAACAGUAAUAUCCCAAAAUCGAGGUAAUUUCAUAGAACUAUUAAAAGUUGUUGGAGAAUAUCAUGGAUCACUUAUGGCUCAUUUAGAUAAAAUUUGGUCAACGGAAAGAAAUCGAAUUACCUUUUUAUCCCAUGAAAGCCAAAAUACCCUUUUAAAUAUUUUGUGAAAUCAAGUGCGUUUUUCAAUAGUUAAAGAAUUAAGGGAUGCUGAAUUGUUUGCAGUAAUAAUAGAUACCACAUUUUACUCUUAUUAUAGUCCAUAGUAAAAUAAAUAAGCAAUAAAAUUUUUUUUAUCUCUAUAAGAAAUUAAUUUGGGUCUGAAAGGGUUAACGUUUUCAACGUUAUCAAUUCAAUGAGCGGUGUUAUCAAUGCUAUCAGUGGAAAAUGAGAGGGAAUCCUGGUUAAUACCAACAAUUAAUUAGCUAACCUGAGAUUUACUAACUUCCACUUAUAAACUGGUGGUGAAACUGUAAUAAUGAUAACUUGGGGUUACUGAUAAACUCAGAGUUAAUUAAUCUCAACUUUAAUUCUUUAAUGGUGAAACCGGCCCAUAGAGUCGUUAGUCGUUAGUCGUGUUCGCUAUCGUAAUUCGAAUAAUAAUAAUAAAUGUGAAAGAUGCCGAAAAUUAAGCCGUCCGAUCGUUGUCGUUUUCGUGUGUAUGUACAAGAAUUCGGUGAAAACAAUUAAUAAUUAUUAAUUAACAUAAAACAUUUUUCAGGCUAAAAAAAAAGA